GGGUGAGAAACAGAGACAGACAGAGAGACACCGACCACACGCCUUUCCUCGCAAACACUGGCAGGAACUGCCAGACCAGGAACUCACAUCGCCCUCGCUUCACUUCCGCCCUUAUUCCCCCGGAAGAGGCGGGGCUUGCAGAGGGAGCCUGUCGGGGAGCAACAUGUCGGUGGCCUUGAGGAGCGUGAAGGGAAUGGUCGGCCUUGUGACUGGCGGAGCUUCUGGGCUGGGCCGGGCCACGGCAGAGCGGCUGGUGCAGCAGGGAGCCAGCGCCGUGCUGCUGGACCUCCCGAAGUCUGAGGGGGAGGCAGUGGCCAGGUCCCUGGGGGAGCAAUGCGCCUUCGCUCCGGCAGAUGUCACGUCUGAGUCGGACGUCAAGGCCGCUUUGGGUCUCGCGCAGGAGAAAUUUGGGCGCCUGGACGUGGUGGUGAACUGUGCCGGCGUGGCCGUGGCGUUCAAGACCUACAACAUGAAGAAAGACAUCCCCCACAACUUGGAGGACUUCCAGAGAGUCAUCAACGUCAACAUCGCGGGAACGUUCAACGUCAUCCGCCUGGCGGCAGGCUUGAUGGGGCGGAAUGAGCCCGACGCAGAUGGACACAAAGGGGUGAUCAUCAACACGGCCAGCGUGGCGGCCUUCGAGGGACAGGUCGGCCAGGCGGCUUACUCGGCAUCCAAGGGAGGCAUCGUGGGAAUGACCCUGCCCAUUGCUCGGGAUUUGGCCCCCAUGGGCAUCCGAGUCGUCACCAUUGCGCCAGGCCUUUUUGCCACCCCCCUGCUGGCGUCGCUCCCCGAAAAGGUACGGACUUUCCUGGCUCGGCAGGUGCCAUUCCCGAGCCGCCUGGGCGCCCCGGAGGAGUAUGCUCAUCUGGUGCAGUGCAUCGUGGAGAACCCCAUGCUCAACGGCGAAGUGAUCCGGCUGGACGGCGCGAUCCGGAUGCAGCCCUGAACUCGUGGCCCCCGGCUGGGAGGAGCGGGAGGGGGCCCGUUCUUACCCUCUUCUUCCCCGGGAGGCAACGUUUGUGCCCUCUUCUUGGGGGGGUGGGACUUUGAACCCGCUGACGGUUCUUAGAAUCACGAGAAAUCACCGGGACGGGAGCCAGCACAGCGAAUGAUCAAGGGAUGGAACUUGGAACAAAAUUGCUGACUGUCGCCACGAGCCCCUUCCUCCCGUAGGGGGCAGUCUUUUCUGCACGGCCCCAUAUAUCCUUCCUCCAGACUCUCAGGGUCUUGCGAUUUAGCAGCAGUGCCUCUUUUGCCAUCCUCAUUGGAAGGACUCCGUCCGUACUGCAGCCCCUCAAGGGACCGGGUUUCCGGGUAGACGGAGCUCAUGCUUGAUCAGAAUAAAUGCGAAUUAAGUUCC